CAAAACAAUGAGAAUUUUUCACAGUCACAUAUUUCAUUGAAUUAAAGACGAAAUCUGCCAAAAUCGAGUGAAAAUCAGUAAAUUAAAGGAUAUAUCGAGCACUCUCCUGGCCAGUAACGGUGUGAAAAUGAGCAGAAAUGACUGAUCGUCCCAGAUGUUUAGAUUGGGUGCCUCUUGCGACCCACAAUUGCCUCCGUUUACGCAAUCUCAUCCAAAUUAUUGGUCAAAACAUCGAUUGCAAGCACGAUGAUACAACGCAUUUGUAUUUUACGCUGCACACGACGCCCAUGUCGUCGCCCUUUUACAAAAGUAACGCCGUGGAAAUGACUCGCGAUGGCACUUGUCGCUGGCCCGAGAUCCAUUUGCCCGACAAAAUGGGAAAAUCCUCGGCGACUUGUGUUUGUGUUCGGGUUUGGGAGCAAAGAGCACCGCGAAACAACAACAACAACAGUAGUUUAGGAGAUUUAAUGAGCAAUCACGAUGACCCCCCAACUGACACCGUUCUCAUGUUUUGGGGCAUUUAUUUCUCAGGACUCGUGCCUGUGCUGAAGCGAACCGAAGCACGAUACCGCAAAAAUACGCUGGUCUUUCAGAUGCAUGGGGGACUUUUUGCUUCCGCAGACACCUUUGACCCGAAUUACAUCUCGAAAGCGGCAUUUCCGUCGUGCCUGCCCAACUUUCAGGCCAGCAUGGGAAGCCAAUCGUCGCUCGGGUCGUCGUCAUACGGCAAAAAAUCGCUCGAUCCGUAUGACAGAACGCAAAACUGUGAUGAAAAUAAAUUAUUUUCUAAGGUAAAACGACUCAGUUCGACGCCAAAUAAGGGAAUGUUACCGAUAAAAAGUAGUCCGGAUCUCACAUCGCUUCUCUGGAAUGGAAGUCCGUCGAAAUUUUCACCACUCAACGACAACAAUUCCAGUUUUUCGAGCAGUUUCGGCAAUGCUAAUGACCUGGGCGAGACUUUUUCGCAAAGCGGCGGCGAGAGUUUAGUGAAAUUCCGGUAUCUCAAGAUGGAAUUUAAGGAAACGGAUGUGCGACGCUCGUAUUCCGUGAAUAAACUCCUUUUGCUGCAGGAGAAACAACGUCGAAUCAAGAACCAAAUGGAAGAAUGUGCGGAAUUGCGUGAAAGAAUCUACACCAAAAGUGCAUAUUGCUUGAAUUUGGACAUGAUAGCGAAUCAUGCGUCGUUACUCUACAAGCAACCGAAAGUUUUGCCGGGCAUGGGUCGUCAACUAAGUCGUUUGUUGUACCAAGAAGAGGCACCGCAAAAGCCCGAAGACAUUCUCAAAGGGCAAGAGUUGCGGCGACAAAUAGAAGUAGCGAAAUUUAGGUGUAAGGGACUCCGUGACGAACGAGAUCGCAUGAAAAUCGAAUUGAGACACACGAACGAGCGACUAACUAAAAUUUCGGAUCGCAAUAUUUUGCUGGAAUCGGAAACGAUGUCGCGUUACCGAGGUUUGAGCAAGGAAACGGACCAAUUGAUGCAGAAAAGGAUGGCAUUUGCGAGUCAACGUGAUAUUUUGGAGAGACUGAGGCAUGAUCUGUUCGAGAAACGGAAACGAUUAAUCAGGGAUUUGCAAGAAAUUUAUCCAAUUGCACAGGUACACAAUGAACUUUUUACGAUCCAAAAAGUUCCAUUGCCAAACGCUGAAGCAUAUCGCCUUUAUACUGUAUCGCCUAUGGAACUCAGUAUCGCCUUGGGAUUCACGUCUCAUGUAAUAAUUCUAUGUUCCAGAAUUCUAAAUGUUCCUUUAAGAAAUAACGUUAUUCACGAAGGAUCCCGAUCACGCAUCGAAGACAAUAUAAAGCCAAUUGCGAAACAAGAUAGAAUAUUUCCGUUAUUUUGUCGUUCAAAUCCUCCUCCGCAAAAUCUCCUCUACGGCGUUUUCCUGCUGAAUCAAAAUAUACUCCAAAUCAAACAUUAUCUCGGCAUGAAAAUAACCGAUACACGUGCCACACUUCCCAAUCUCCUCAAUAUCCUGGAUGGCGUGCCUGUGGAUACAACAGUCUUUAGUUUGUAUCAGAAUCCGGCGGCGCCAGCAUCUUCAGUCAGUGGCUCGUCUUCUGUGGAUCUGAAUUCGAGCAUUAGUAACAUUUUGGGCGACCUCAAAUCGUCACCCAUUGAAAUUAAUGGAACAAAAUCCAAAAAUCGAAUCUGUCGUUCCUUGACUGAUAGUGAGCACCAACACAUUCCAACGCGUCCCUUAUUGCGUAAAAGCAUGCGACUUUCGGGUUCCGAACCGAGUUUGUGUGAAAUUGAAACGUCAUCGUACGAUGGACAACAUGAACGGCCCAUGCUAAUCUCCGCGGCGAUGCCACAAAGCAAAAUCCAGAUGGGCAAAAGUAAUACAACGUCAAAUUUUAUAAGUGAACGUGAUGAAAAUCUGUAACAAUACAAAUUUAACUUAUUUGAAUUUAUUUCGAGUGUAAAGAAAAAUUACAAAAAAAAAUUAUUUAUAAUCGAGAAAAAAUGUGUAAUCGCAGUUCGUAUCGUUUGUUGUUAUAAUUUAGGACGGAAAAAGUAUUCAGAUUUAUUUAAUUAUUUUACCAA